AUGGAAAGCUUCUCAGUACUCCCACCUGAAGCAAGAAGGCUAGAAGGAAAAGUAGCACUAAUUACUGGUGGGGCUAGCGGCGUUGGUGCAUCCACUGCAAGACUAUUCUCUAAACAUGGAGCUAAAGUUGUAAUCGCAGACAUGCAAGAUGAAUUGGGUCACUCUGUAUGCAAAGAACUAAAUCCUCAAUCCACAACCUUUGUGCAUUGUGAUGUUAGCAAGGAAACUGACAUGGAAAAUGCUGUUAACCAUGCUGUUUCCAUGUACGGUAAGCUAGACAUUAUGUACAACAAUGCUGGUAUUGGUGGAGAAAACAAAUACAACAUCCUUGAAAACACCCAGGCUGAUUUUGAGCAAGUGAUGAGAGUCAACUUGGUAGGUGUUUUCCUCGGUACCAAACAUGCAGCCCGUGUGAUGAUCCCAGCUGGCAAAGGCAGUAUAAUAAGUACUGUUAGUGUAUCCUCAAUCAUGGGAGGCCUUGCGCCGCCUGCCUACACAAGCUCAAAAACUGCCGUGAUUGGAUUAAUGAAAAAUACAGCAGUGGAGCUCGGACGUUUUGGCAUUCGUGUGAAUUGUGUGUCACCCUACGUGAUUUUAACACCUUUGGCAAAGGAUUUCGUUAGGCAGUAUGAGGAGGGAACUUUAAAUCUUUAUUCCAACCUCAAGGGUGAGGUUCUCAAGCCAGAGGGUGUGGCUGAGGCUGCGCUUUUUCUUGCAAGUGAUGACUCAAAAUAUGUGAGUGGACAUAAUCUUGUCAUAGACGGAGGCUUCAGCAUUGUGAAUACAGGCUUUUGUAUGUAUCCACAAUAAAGAAUAAGAUGGGAAGUUUAAAUGCACCAAAAAUUUCACUGAAAAUUAUUGUUUGUGAGGCCAUGUGAAAUUUUCCAUGUAUUACUCGGUGCUUGUCGUAAUAAUCUAAUAAAAUUAGCAUCUUUACACACGCUAUGCGGGUGUUUAGAGCCUCUUCUUUUUUUAUAUAAUAAAUCAUUCUUAUUUCUUUA